UUGUUUCUGAGAUCUACGAUUUAGAUAAGCAAGAGAGAGAAGAGAUGGAGUUCGUAGAUGGUAGAGAAACGAGAAGACGCGACAAAGGAGAAGACGCGAUGUCAACACCACCACCACUGCCAUCGUUCGUUACUAUCACCACCAUCGCCAUCUCUCCCAUCCCCAAUCGCUCGUCACCACCACCAUGGCUUCUAAGAUCCGUCUUCACCGGAGUCGCCACCACCUCCGUCACGCUCGUCACUUCUUUCUUUCUCUCGGAGAGAGUAAACCUGCUGAGUUUCUCGCCGACGUCUUGGUGGUCACAGAGAGAGAUUGUGGAGAAGAUGAUUGAAAUGAUCGACUCUGGUUUUGAUUGUGGGAAUGUGAUAUGUGCCAGAUAUGACAAGACCUUGUUUCUAGGAAAGCAACGCCAGCAAGUGUGGACCUCCUCUAUGACAUCUCAGAUGAUGUAUGAGAACAGAGGCUUAAGUCGGAGAUGGCAGAGAAAUCUAGCGGUGGUGGUGUAGGCCUAAUGGAAGAAAGUAUGCUGCUCUCUCUAGUGCUUUGGGUACUUUACCUUGGGAAAAGCCUCAAUCUUCUGAAUUUGAGCAAUUGGCUAGGUACAUGGUUUACUUUCUCCUUGUUUGCUAUUGAAUUUUCAGAGUAUUGACUCAUGAAUGUUGGUGUGUUGGGUUUAAAUUAAUCUUACAUGGAAAGUGAAUACGCGGCAUGGACACUUGCCAAUGGCUAUGCACUUAAUCCCGUCACUAUCUCUGUCCAUCGGCUUAAAUCUCAUCCAAACAAGAAGAAGAAGAAGAGAAGAAAGAUACAAGAAGAAGGAGAUGACGGAACUGCGAUGGGAAGGAGACUGCAGCUUAGAGCUUUAAGUUUUGGUUUAUUAGGCUUGGUUCAAUUUUUUUUUGGUUUAUUUAGGUUUGGUUAAUUAGGUUUUGGUUUAAUUUUUUGGUUAAUGUAUAAACUGAUUUUAUUUGUAAACAAAAUUUAAUUAAUAAAUAAAAUUUAAUUUUUAAUUA